AUGUCGUGGCGCAAUCAGGGCAUCACAGGUUCCAACAACAUUCCUCUUGGAACGCGUCGUCGGUUCGGAGGCGAAAGCAGUGGUGAUUCGCAAAAUGGCUCUGCUGUGAACUCCCCAUCGUAUGGAGAUUCUGGCAAGCGUGGGCGAAGUCCAACCAGAGCUGAACCUGCGGCCGACGGCGUCAAGAGACGUAGGAAGCGUAAUCGUUGGGGUGAGGUCGGCGAGAACAAAGCUGCUGGCCUCAUGGGCCUUCCUACCUUGAUUCAGGCAAAUAUGACAGCGGAACAACUCGACGCAUAUACUCUCCACUUGCGCAUUGAAGAAAUCAGCCAGAAGCUACGGAUCAAUGAUGUGGUCCCAGCAGAAGCCGACAGGUCGCCAUCACCCGCUCCUCAAUAUGACAAUCUCGGUCGCCGUGUAAACACUCGAGAAUUCCGCUAUCGCAAGCGGCUUGAAGAUGAGCGGCACAAACUGAUAGACAAAGCCAUGAAAACGAUCCCUAACUAUCAUCCGCCUUCUGACUACAGACGACCUACCAAGACACAGGAAAAGGUUUACGUGCCGGUCAACGAUUAUCCCGAGAUCAAUUUUAUUGGUCUACUUAUUGGACCUCGUGGCAACACGCUGAAGAAAAUGGAAACCGAAUCUGGAGCCAAAAUUGCCAUUCGAGGCAAAGGCUCUGUCAAAGAAGGCAAGGGACGAUCAGACGCAGCUCAUACUAGCAACCAGGAAGAAGAUUUACACUGUCUUAUUAUGGCGGACACGGAAGACAAAGUCAAUAAAGCCAAGGCAUUAAUUCAUAAUGUCAUCGAAACUGCUGCUUCCAUCCCCGAGGGACAAAACGAACUCAAAAGGAAUCAACUUCGAGAACUCGCGGCCCUCAAUGGAACACUCCGUGACGACGAAAAUCAAGCGUGCCAAAACUGUGGUCAAAUUGGGCAUCGCAAGUACGACUGCCCGGAAACUAGAAAUUUCACUGCCAAUAUCAUCUGUCGGAUCUGUGGCAAUGCUGGUCAUAUGGCGAGAGACUGCAAUGAGCGACAGCGAGGGUCCGACAUGCGUAACAAUCCUCCUGGAGGGUUUAGUGGGCCUCAACGACGCCUUGGUCCGUCUGACGCCGUCGACCGCGAGAUGGAGAAUCUCAUGCAAGAACUUUCCGGCCGUCCCUCUGGAAACGGUCCGGCAGGACGUAUUGAGGCCGCCCCGGGUGGUUAUGACCAAGCCGACUCGUACGGUGGUGGUCGUGACACUGGCAGCGCGGAUCCGAGACCAUGGGCACGUCCCGCCACCGGUGCUCCGGCUCCAUGGCAGCGAGACCGACAGGAACGAGGUUACGAGAACCGAGAGAGCGGCUCAUCACUUCCCCCAUGGGCACUCCACCGUGCUGCUGACAAUCAUGGAGGAGGAUAUGGAUCUGCACCUGGCCAUGAAGCUCCUCCGUGGCAGCAACAGCAGCCUCCCGCACAGAGUUACGCCUACGGUGGAUACCCUGGCUAUGAUCCGCAGACAGCCUAUGGUGUUCCUCCUCCUCCUCCGCAAGCUCCUCCUGGUCUCAGCGCUUUCCUCCAACAAUAUGCAGCGGCGGCGGCGGUGACGGCGAGUGGUGCACCACCACCGCCAGACACGCAGGCCCCUCCACCACCACCAGACGUUCAACCUCCACCUCCUCCUGGCAUGGAUGACCACAUUCCGCCCCCACCACCUUCCGCAUAA